CACGCACGCAUACUAUAAUCACCACUGCGAAAACAAAAUCCCUGCUUAUUUAUUUGCAUAGAACAGAGAGAGAAAGAGAGAGGGGAGGAGGGGAAUGGAUCAUUUAUUAUUCUACAUGCUCGGGAAAGAGAGAGGCAGAGAGAAAAAAUCCGCUCAUGUGCACAGAGGAGAGGAGAGCAGUGACAUCUUUAUAUGCAUGGAAGAAAAAGAGAGGAUAUAAUAAUCGAUUCCGAUCAGUACCCACUGUGAGCGUCGAUACGAUAAGGAUGCGGUAGCAGGUUCUGCAGCUGUUGCAGAAGCGCAGCAGCAGCAGAGAAAAACAGGUCGAGGGCUCAGUUUUCACUGUUGCAGCAGGGAGAGAGUGAGAGGGGGAGAGAUUCAUCUGUGUAUUUGAAAUUCACCCACUCUGCCAUUCCUCCCGUACAAGGAAAAACAUUACCCCUUCCCUUCUUCAUUUCCGUCCCUCUCACCCUCUCCCAAUACCAUAAAAUUCGCCACUAGACAAAGACAACUCGUCUUCCCCCCUCUCCCCUUUUCUUUUUCCUCAGUUGCGAAGCAAUAUAUAUAAACGUAGUACCGUUCUGUUCUGUUCAUCACAACAUCAACUACGCGGUCUAGCACCACCACCAUCCUCGCCCUAACCCUUCAAUCUCCCCCCUCUCUUACCCGUCUUUGUAGGAGAUGCAGAUCGUCUCGGACCACCAUGAAAGCAGUAACAGUGGAGGAGGAGGAGGGGGAGAACCUCUUCUACCCCCAGGCUUUCGUUUCCAUCCAACAGAUGAGGAACUCAUCACAUACUACCUGAUGAAGAAGGUCCUUGACAGCUCCUUCUCUGCAAGAGCGAUUUCUGAGGUUGAUCUCAACAAGUCUGAACCAUGGGAACUCCCAGAGAAGGCAAAGAUGGGGGAAAGAGAAUGGUAUUUCUUUAGCCUCCGAGACAGGAAGUACCCCACUGGACUGCGUACUAACCGCGCCACAGAGGCCGGCUACUGGAAGGCGACUGGUAAAGACAGAGAGAUCUAUAGCUCCAAGACUUGUAAUCUCGUGGGCAUGAAGAAGACUUUGGUUUUCUACAGAGGUCGUGCUCCAAAAGGUGAGAAGAGCAACUGGGUCAUGCACGAGUAUCGUCUUGAAGGAAAAUUCUCCUACCACUACCUCUCAAAAACCAGCAAGGACGAAUGGGUGGUAUCACGUGUUUUCCAGAAGAGCACCGGCGGCAAGAAGAGGAGCAACGGAAGCGCCUCGUCCUCCUCGGCCUGCAUGGAAGCGGAGAUGGCGUCCUCCUCCACUUUGCCGCCGCUGCUCGGAUCACCGUACACGGCGACGGUUGGGAACGAUAAAGAGUGCUGCUCCUACGAAACCACGACGGAGACCACCGCUGGUGAUCACGUGUCCUGCUUCUCCACCUCCGCCGGUAUCCACCAGCCGCACCACCACACCACCUCCUCCAGCCUUCCCCCUGAACACCAUCUUCCUUUCCAUUACCACCAAGCCAUCUCCGCCCACCACCACCAACUUGCCCGAGCCACCAACGUCGCCACCAACUUCCCUAACGUUCGGGCGUUACAAGAGAGCCUGCACCUCCCUUCCUUGUUCUCUACGGUCGCAUGGCAGCCUCUCGACCAUGGACAAGGCGGAGGUUACCUGAACCAGAUGGGACUGAGGGUGCCGACGGCGGGGUCUUCGUCUUGGGUGACCGAAUCGCACCAGCAGAGGGUGGAGUGCCCGAAACCUGUCAUUGCUGCCUCUGAGCUCGACUGUGUCUGGAAUUACUGAGUUUUCUUCCUCGUUCUUGUUCUUGUUUGCUGUAUGUGUGUACGUCUGGAAGCUCUUCAGUUUGCAUUCUGUGUUCUCUCUUCAACGUGAGCUCCUUCACGAAAAUUCGUGAUGAUCUCUUCUCUCUGACUGUCGUCUAAUAGAGUAUAUCAUUAUUAUCUAAA